AUGGCUGCCCUGACGACAGUCGUCGUGGCGGCGGCGGCCACCGCUGUAGCUGGGGCUGUGGCAGGGGCGGGCGCGGCCACCAGCAGCACGGGCGUGGGAGCUGCGCCGGCGUCGCAACAGGUAAAUCUAGAAGUUUCAGGUGCUGCUGUGGUGCUGGGCGUGGGCCCCGGUGGAGUACAAGCCCUGGAGGCAGGACGGGGCACCCCAGCGCUUUCUGAACAGAAUGAUGGCAGUUUUAGUACUUUAGGUGGAAUUCGAACUUUUCAGCUUCAGAACUGGAAGCAGAAAGCUAUUCGAACUAAGAAAGCAGAAUUCAUACGCACAGCUGAAAAAUUUAAAAAUCAGGUUACUAACUUAGAAAAAGAGAAACACAGUCAUUUCUACAACCAAAAGAAUGACUUCAAAAUUGAGCAUAGUGUGCUUGAAGAAUUGGAAAAUAAAUUGAUUAUCAGCAGGAAAACAGAAAUUGUUGAAAAGCUCAGAGAAAUGAUGGAAGAAAUUGAAAAUGCAAUUAACACUUUUAAAGAAGAGCAGAGGUUGAUAUAUGAAGAGCUUAUUAAAGAAGAGAAAACAACUAAUAAUGAAUUGAGUGCCAUAUCAAGAAAAAUUGACUUAUGGGCUUUAGGUAAUUCAGAAACAGAGCGAGCUUUCAGAGUGAUGGCAAGCAAAGUUCCUGUAGACAAAGUAACAUCAAGUACUCUUCCCAAAGAAGUAGUAGAUUUUGAAAAAUUCCUUCAGCAAACAGGAGGGCGACAAGGAGGCUGGGAUGAUUAUGAUCACCAGAACUUUGUAAAAGUGAGAAACAAAUACAAAGGGAAGCCAACAUUUAUGAAGGAAGUUCUAGAGCACCUUCCUGGAAGAACACAGGAUGAGGUUCAACAGCAUGAGAAAUGGUAUCAGAAAUUUCUGGCUCUAGAAGAAAGAAAAAAAGAGUCUAUUCAAAAUUGGAAAACUAAAAAACAGCAAAAAAAGGAGGAAAUUUUCAAGUUAAAGGAAAAAGCAGAGGAUAUGCCUGUGCUUUAUCACAAUAAACAAGAAAGUAAUCAAAAGCAAAAAAAGGAAGAAAGGAAGAAACAGAAAUUGGCAAUUGAAGCUUGGAGAAAACAGAAAAGCAUAGAAAUGUCAAUGAAAAAUGCUUCUCAGUUAAAAGAUGAGGAAGAGAGAGAAAAAAAACAGCAGAAAGAGCGUCAACGCCAAUCUAAACUAAAAUUGCUACUGGAAAAUUAUACCCAGCAGAAGAAAGAACAGGAAGAAUUCUUGAGGCUUGAAAAGGAGAUAAGAGAAAAGGCAGAAAAGGCAGAAAAAAGGAAAACUGCUGCUGAUGAAAUUUCCAGGUUUCAAGAAAGAGAUUUAUAUAAACUUGAACUGAAAAUUCUAGACAGACAGGCAAAGGAAGAUGAAAAGGUAGAAAAACAACGAAGAUGGGCAAAAUUAAAAGAAAAGGUUGAAAACAAUGUUACUAGAGAUCCUUCUAGGCUUUACAAACCUACUAAAGGUUGGGAAGAACGGACCAAAGAGAUAGGACCAACAGGGUCUGGGCCACUUCUAUAUAUCCCACAUAGGGCCAUUCCAAGCUGGAGAAAAGGAUUAUAA